CGAGUCGCCAUGCCCACUCUUCCUACCUUCUCCGCUUUCCUCGCCUUCAAUGUCGCGCUCAUCAUCUUCGUGGUUAGCUGGCAGGUGCGGAAGCGGCGCAGAGAUGCCCACCUUCCGCCUAGUCCCCCAUCGGACCCGAUCAUUGGUCACUACCGCACCUUCCCGCGUACCUACCAGGCGGAGGUCUUCUUCGAAUGGUCUAAGAAAUAUGGGGACAUUUUCUACUUGGAGAUCCUGGGCAGGAAGAUCGUCAUCGUCAACAGCUACGAGAUAGCGAACGAGCUCAUGGACAAGCGCAGCGCGAACUAUAGCGAUCGGCCCGUGUUCCCUUUGUUCAUGAACCUGGGAUGGGGCGUUAGCGUGACGUUCUUGAAAUACGGCCCGCAAUUUUUCAAGCAGCGGCGUAUCUUGCAGCAGUACUUUACCAAGCAAGAGAUACCCCGUUUCUGUCCCAUUCACACCGAUGAAGCGCACAAGAUGCUCAAGAAUAUGCUCGACCGUCCGAAGGACUUUGACUGGCUAAUCCGGCGAUUCGGCGCGGCCGUGAUCAUGAAGAUUGCCUACGGGCACCAGAUCGAGUCCGACAGCGAUGAGUACAUCAAGAUGACGGAGAACGUCUCACUCGCGCACGUUGAUGCCGGCGACCCGGGCACUGCGCCUGUGGACUUUUUCCCAAUCCUCCAAUACCUACCUUGGUGGUUCCCGGGAUGCUGGUUCAACCGCGUUGUACACAACUGGAGCUGGGCUAUCCAUAAGUUCCAUGACUAUCCGUUCGAGCAGGUCCAACGUCAGAUGGCCGAAGGUCACGCCCCACCCUCCUUCCUCCUCACCUACCUAGAAGAGUUCUCGAAGCCCGACUACAAAGGCGAGCACAGCCUGGACGACCUCAAGCAUGCCACGGGGGCCAUCUACGCGGGCGGCGCGGAGACUACGUACUCGACUAUCAACACGUUCCUGCUCGCGAUGCUGCUGCAUCCCCACGUGCUCACGAAGGCGCAGGAGGAGAUCGACCGCGUCGUCGGGCCCAAGCGCCUGCCCGACUUCGACGACCGCGAGAGCCUGCCGUACAUCGAAGCCAUCUUCCAGGAGGUGCUCAGAUGGCGCCCCGUCGUGCCUCUCGGUAUCCCGCACAGCACGAUGCAGGACGACACGUUCAACGGCAUGUUCAUCCCGAAGGGCACGAUGGUGUUCGCGAAUGCGUGGAGCAUGGCGAUGGACACGCGUGUGUACCACGACCCGGAGACGUUCAAGCCCGAGCGGUUCCUGCCCGGCCCCCAUGGCGGACCCGAGAUGUUCCCCCACGCGUCCUUCGGCUUCGGGCGUCGCAUCUGCCCCGGCCGCUUCCUCGGCAUGAACAGCGUGUGGAUGGCGAUCGCGUCGCUGUGUGCAACGAUGGACAUCCGCAAGCCCAUCGGCCCCGACGGGGAGGAGAUCACGCCCUCGGGCGAGUACACCUCGGGCCUCUCGUGCUGGCCGAAGCCCUUCCAGGCGGACAUCCGCCCGCGCUCCGAGGCGGCGCGGCGCCUCAUCCAAAGCCUCUGAACAACAACCCAACGACCCAACGACUCCACGACCCAAUGACUCACUGAUACUACGAACUGACAUGGCACACGAACAUUUGUGCUGAUGCGCCACGAUUCCGACGAUGGCUGGUAGGAGACCGCGUAGGCGGCUCCACCAGCGACGAGAUACGUAUAACUCUGUACAUGUUGUAACACUACCAUUCGCUGUGUUGUAUUGUACUUUAUCGGCUCCGCCGUCGCUAUCGUACUGCACCGUUUUGUUUCUCGC